UGGAUUGAAAGAUGUCUCAGUGAAAGUGAAAACAAGCGUUAUUCCAGUCACACUUCUCUGGGAAACGUUUCUAAUGACGAAAAUGAAGAAAAAGAGAAUAACAGAGCAUCCAAGCCACAUUCCACUCCAGCUACUCUGCAAUGGUUGGAGGAGAACUAUGAGAUUGCAGAAGGAGUUUGCAUCCCUCGAAGUGCCCUUUACAUGCACUAUUUGGACUUCUGUGAGAAAAAUGACACACAACCUGUUAAUGCUGCCAGCUUUGGAAAGAUAAUACGGCAACAGUUUCCACAGUUAACAACAAGAAGACUUGGAACCAGAGGCCAGUCAAAGUACCAUUACUAUGGCAUUGCAGUAAAAGAAAGCUCUCAGUAUUAUGACGUGAUGUAUUCUAAGAAAGGAGCAGCCUGGGUCAAUGAAACAGGAAAAAAAGAAGUAACCAAACAGACAGUGGCGUAUUCACCACGCUCCAAACUGGGGACACUGCUGCCAGAGUUUCCAAAUGUCAAAGAUCUAAAUCUGCCAGCCAGCUUGCCAGAGGAGAAGGUUUCUACAUUUAUUAUGAUGUACAGAACUCACUGUCAGAGGAUACUUGAUACGGUAAUAAGAGCCAACUUUGAUGAGGUUCAAAGUUUUCUUCUGCACUUUUGGCAAGGGAUGCCACCCCACAUGCUUCCUGUACUGGGUUCUUCCACAGUAGUAAAUAUAGUUGGAGUUUGCGAUUCAAUAUUGUAUAAAGCUAUUUCUGGGGUCCUGAUGCCCACAGUAUUGCAGGCAUUGCCUGACAGUUUGACGCAGGUGAUCCGCAAGUUUGCCAAACAGCUAGAUGAGUGGCUAAAAGUAGCUCUCCAUGACUUGCCAGAAAACCUACGAAACAUCAAGUUUGAGCUAUCCAGAAGAUUUUCACAAAUUCUUCGGAGGCAGACAUCAUUAAAUCAUCUUUGCCAGGCAUCUAGAACUGUCAUCCACAGUGCAGACAUUACAUUCCAAAUGCUGGAAGACUGGAGGAACGUGGACCUUAACAGCAUUACCAAACAAACGCUGUACACCAUGGAAGACUCUCGGGAGGAUCACAGAAAACUCAUAAUACAAUUAUACCAGGAGUUUGAUCAUCUUCUGGAAGAGCAAUCACCUAUUGAAUCGUAUGUGGAAUGGCUGGAUUCCAUGGUGGAUAGAUGUGUUGUAAAGGUGGCUGCUAAGAGACAAGGCUCUUUGAAAAAAGUAGCACAGCAGUUUCUCUUGAUGUGGUCUUGUUUUGGCACAAGAGUUAUUCGCGAUAUGACUUUGCACAGUGCCCCUAGCUUUGGCUCUUUUCAUCUUAUUCACCUGAUGUUUGAUGAUUAUGUAUUAUACCUGUUAGAAUCACUUCAUUGUCAUGAGCGAGCCAAUGAGCUGAUGAGGGCAAUGAAAGGAGAAGGAGGAACAGUAGAAGUAAGAGAAGAGAUAAUACUGACAGAACCUGUUCCUCCAACUCCCUCCCCAGUGCCUUUCUCUCCAGCUAAAUCUGCCACCUCAGUGGAUAUGCCAUCAGCACCUUCGCCUGUAAGCAAUCAGUCCCCAGAGUAUGUUGGCAUAGCAACUACAACAGGGGCUAUGCAGUCUUAUACUUGGUCUCUCACAUAUACGGUGACGACAGCGGCUGGAUCACCUGCUGAAAACUCGCAACAACUACCUUGCAUGAGGAGUCCACAUGUUCCCCCUUCAUCUGUUACACACAGAAUACCUGUUUAUCCACACAGAGAAGAACAUGGGUAUAGCGGAAGCUACAACUAUGGUAGUUAUGGAAACCAACACCCCCAUCCAAUACAGAGUCAAUAUCCCUCUUUACAACAUGACACAACUAUUUCUGGACCUCUUCAUUAUACAGCUUACCACAGAAGCUCUUCACAGUAUCCCUUCAAUAGCUCAUCAUCGCGGAUGGAGCCCUGUUUGAUGAGCAGCACCCCAAGACUGCAUCCAACCCCAGUAACUCCUCGCUGGGCAGAAGUACCUUCAGCGAAUGCUUGUUACUCAAGUCCACCCAUGCACUCCACAAGAUAUGGAAAUUCUGGCGAUAUGUACACACCUUUGACCACACGGAGGAAUUCUGAAUAUGAGCACAUGCAACACUUUCCUGGCUUUGCCUACAUCAAUGGGGAAGCCACCACAGGAUGGGCAAAAUGA